ACUUUUAGAAUUACUCUUCAUUUCACCCCACCUGUGAGUGCCCCACCAAAAUCAAAAGGCGCCUUUCUACUCCAAACUGUUCAAUCUGUAUCACCUUUCUAAUAUGGUCGGGUUAACCGGGCUAGUAGGGAACAUGGGGGAAGGAUUAUGCAAUUCUUGGACACACGAAUGGCGUAUAUAAGCUUGAGGAAGGAUUGAAGUAAGUAGAAAGCCAGCAAGUCUCAGCAGGCCAAGUGAUACAUUGAAUCAGUCCAGCAAACCAAGCAAGAUGUACGCCAACCUCGCUCUUGUUGCCAUCAUGGUCGCUGCAGUUGUAGCUAUACCUACUCCUGGAGGCCACGGACACAAAAAGGUAAUAAUCCACGUACCGUACAAGGUUCACACCAUCCACCAUCACCACGUAUCGAAAGUACCUUACCCGGUUCACGUGCCGGUUGUGAAAGAGGUACAGGUCAUCAAAGAGGUCCCUGUAGUGAAGCAUGUACCUGUACCUGUAAUCCAGCACGUUCCAUUCCCGGUGUACAAGAAGGAGGUGGUUGAGAAGCAAGUGUUCGUGCCCGUCCAUCACGAGGAGGAACAUCACCAUGGAUGGGAGAGCGAGGCGCUGUCGCACGGCUGGCACUGAUUUUUUACAUACAUCAUCCUAGAUUAAUGUACAUAAUAAGUAGCUGAUAGUUAAAAUAAAAUUUUGAUUAUAAAUAUUUUCAGAAAUCAUCCACCCGCCACAUUUAUUGAAUUCAUAGUAUUUAUAGCAUAUUUUAAAAAUGCUAGACCAUUCUGCAUUCUGUUUGUUGAAAUAAUCUAAGACUAGUCAUAAGAAUAAUGUCAACAAAUUAAAGAUUUAUGUAACAAAUAUCCAAGAAGCAUUUAGGUCUGGUUGAUAUCCAGUUUCUCACAGACUUGGACACCCACAGGAUGUUUAAAAUGCUUA